AUGCUCUUCAUUACGAUGCCCCGGAGAAAGGCGUCUAAAAUUGAGGACGACCCAGAACAACAGUACGACAUUAUUCCUUCCCUAAACUUUAAGACAUGGCCACAAGUGACAAGAGAAACCCGAACAACAAACUUUUUUGCCGUCUAUCCAAUAACGACUUUUCUCCUUGUCUAUUCAAUUAAGACUUGUCUUCUUGUCUAUCCAAUUAAGUCAUUUCUUUUUGUCUAUCCACUUAAGAAUUUUCUUCUUGUCUACCCAAUUACGGCUUUUCUUCUUGUCUACCUAAUUACGACUUUUCUUCCUGUCUAUCCAAUUACGACUUUUCUUCUUGUCUACCUAAUUACGACUUUUCUUCCUGUCUAUCCAAUUACUACUUUUCUUCUUGUCUACCUAAUUACGACUUUUCUUCCUGUCUAUCCAAUUACGACUUUUCUUCUUGUCUACCUAAUUACGACUUUUCUCCUUGUCUAUACAAUUAAGACUUUUCUUCUUACUUUUCUUCUUGUCUAUCCAAUUACGACAUUUCUUUUUGUCCAUCUAAUUACAACUUUUCUUCUUGUCUACCUAAUUACGACUUUUCUCCCUGCCUAUCCAAUUACGGCUUUUCUUCUUGUCUAUACAAUUAAGACUUUUCUUCUUGUCUCCCCAAAUUACGACUUUUCUUCUUGUCUAUCCAAUUAA